CUUAAGUUAUGGAUAGGAAAACAAAAAUAACAGGAGUGUCUUGAAGUCGAAGUACCAACAAACAGGCGUCGGAUUCGGAACGGCAUCGGCGGUUGUCGCCGGUUUAUCAUCGUCGUAACUCCCGUUAUUAAGACCAGAUCUUUUCUAGAAUCAAUCCAAACAAUCCUCAGCAGGCGGAUUUCACCCGCAAGUCCACUAACAAAACCUUCCAAUCAACGAAAACUCGCCCGCUGCUUCAAAUAGUAGUAUUAUACUCCCUCUUUCCAAUCCAGCCCCAACUCGCCUUAACCUUCGCCCUCACACUUCAACCAUUAUUACAACCCCUACCCCUAUCCAUUCCCUCUCCGUUUGUCCCGUAAUUUUCUCCAAAUAUAAGGGCCUAUAUUUUCCGAAUCUUUCAACUAAAUCCUCCAUUUUCCCUUUUUCUCCUCUUCACUCCACCAGCUCAAAUUUUCCACUCCACUUUAGUCCUCAACAGUCGAAUGCCGAUGCCGGAGGCCGAAGGGCAUGGUAAAAACAAACCGAGAGCAACUCGUCCUCCGGUUAGGGAACCGGUUCGACCACAACGAGUCCCCUUACGUUUUCUUCUCCGAGUCUCAUCCGUCGCGUGCGGAAUUCAGUUCGGUUGGGCGCUACAGUUAUCGUUACUGACUCCCUACGUACAAGAACUCGGGAUUCCUCACGCCUGGGCGAGUAUAAUAUGGUUAUGCGGACCGAUUUCCGGUUUUUUCGUUCAACCGCUGGUUGGUCACAUGAGCGAUCGGUGCAAAAGUCGGCUCGGCCGUCGAAGGCCUUUUAUUAUUGCCGGCGCGGCAUCGAUCGUCGUUGCCGUUCUCGUCAUCGGUUUCUCGGCUGAUAUCGGCUGGCUUUUCGGCGACCGCGGGGAAAUCAAGCUACGCGCUAUUGUGGCUUUCGUCAUAGGGUUUUGGCUCCUCGAUGUUGCGAAUAACAUGACGCAAGGUCCUUGUAGAGCUCUCCUCGCUGAUCUAACUGAAAAGGAUCACCGGAGGACUCGAGUAGCAAAUGCAUAUUUUUCACUAUGGAUGGCUGUUGGAAAUAUCCUUGGCUAUGCCACUGGAGCUUACAGUGGUUGGUUCAAACUUUUACCCUUUACGCUCAGUUCUGCGUGCAACGUCAACUGUGCAAAUCUUAAGGCCGCCUUCCUUAUUGACAUUAUCUUUAUAGCAAUUACGACAUAUAUAAGCAUAUCAGGAGCCCAGGAGAAGCCGCUGGAUUCCCUCCAUGGUUCACCUGCUUCUGUAGAAGGAAGUUCUGAACAGUCAAGCCAUGAACAAGAAGCUUUCCUUUGGGAAAUGUUUGGAACUUUUAAAUAUUUCACUGGGGUUAUAUGGAUUAUCUUGCUUGCUAUUGCUUUGAAUUGGAUUGGAUGGUUUCCUUUUCUUCUCUUUGAUACUGAUUGGAUGGGGCGAGAAAUUUAUGGUGGGGAGCCAAAUGUUGGCCAGAAUUACAGUGUUGGAGUCAGAAUGGGUGCUUUUGGUCUAAUGUUGAAUUCAGUGUUCCUUGGAGUAACUUCAGUGCUCAUGGAGAAGCUCUGCCGGAAAUGGGGGGCUGGUUUUACAUGGGGAGUUUCAAACAUCAUCAUGUCUCUUUGUUUUGUUGCAAUGCUUAUAAUUGCUGCAGUCAGAACUCAUAUGGACAUUGGUGACCAUCUUCCUCCAGAUGGUGUUGUGAUUGCUGCACUGGUAGUAUUUUCCAUUCUUGGGAUUCCCCUCGCGAUAACCUACAGUGUUCCCUAUGCCUUGAUAUCCUCACGGAUUGAUGCUUUAGGGCUUGGCCAGGGAUUGUCAAUGGGUGUUCUCAAUUUGGCAAUUGUGGUCCCACAGAUUUUGGUCUCUCUUGGAAGCGGACCUUGGGAUGAGCUAUUUGGUGGUGGCAACUCACCAGCCUUUGCAGUUGCAGCUGUUUCAGCAUUUGCUAGUGGACUCAUAGCCAUUCUGGCAAUUCCUCGAACAAGGGUGGAAAAAUCAAGAAUCCUCCCCUGAGGUAUGAUAGGCUAUUUACUUGAAGUAAUUUUGCUGCUGCCCACCAUUGGAUUGGCGUCUUAUGGGAGCCAAGGAUAUGGUGCAGGUGAAUCCCAAUGCUGGCAGGAACUUAAAUCAUUGUGGCAUGUGGAAUUUUGGCUAUUCCACCAUCAAAGGAUUAAUAUCCAGGCUCCACAAUGAGGUAUUUUGUUGUAUCGAAUUUUUUGGCACAAUGUGUUAGCAACAGAGUUCUAUAACUCAAGAUUUUGUCAAUAGCUUUGGAUGAUAUUUAUUUCAACAUAUUCAAUUUAUUUCUACUUUCUGUAUGUGGAAACAAAAUCGAGUCUGUAAUUAAGAUGUAAAAUUUCUUUUAUGCUUGUUAUACUAUUGAUAUCAAAAGAAUCCUAUCAUACAUCAA